GACGUCGAGUCCGGCGCGACCAUCUUCGCGGGCAACUGCGCCGCGUGCCACGCCGGCGGCAACAACGUCAUCGCCGCGGAGAAGACGCUCCGCAAGGAGGCGCUCGACUCGUACCUCACGGGCGGCCGCAAGGAGUCGUCGGUCGUGACCCAGGUGACGAACGGCAAGAACGCGAUGCCCGCCUUCGGCGGCCGCCUCUCCGACGAGGAGAUCGGCGACGUCGCGGCCUACGUCAUCGACCAGGCCAACGGCGACAAGUGGGACGAGUAG